AUGCGUUGGGAAUUUAAAGUCGAAAAUCCUUAUGAACAACGUCGGGCUGAAGGCGAACGUAUUCGUCGAGAAUAUCCUGAUCGAUGUGCAGUUAUAGUUGAACGUGCUCCUAAUUCACAUGCACCAGAACUUUUAACUAAAAAAUAUUUAGUUCCAAGUGAUCUUACAGUUGGUCAAUUUUAUUUUCUUAUUCGUAAACGUGUCAAACUUCGACCAGAAGAUGCACUCUUUUUCUUUAUUAAUAAUACGAUACCAAAUACAUCAAUGACAAUGGGUUCUCUCUAUCAAGAACAUGCGGAUGAAGAUAAAUUUCUUUAUGUUGCUUACAGUGAUGAAUCAACAUAUGGUUAA